AUGGUGUUACCAUUGAUGAAACUGGGCACCCUCUUAGUCAAAACGAUAAGUAAACCCUUAGCUAGUCAGCUCAAGCACCAAGCUAAGGUUCAUCCCAAGUUUCGACAAUUUAUCAUCAACUUCGCUCAGAGAAACCACAGGAUCACGACGCAAAUGCAAAGAAGGAUAUAUGGACACGCGACUGAUGUAGAGAUUCGCCCCUUGGAUGAGGAAAAGGCUGUUCAAGCUGCUGUUGACCUCAUUGGAGAGCUCUUCAUCUUUGCGGUUGGUGGAGGUGUUGUUGUAUUUGAGGUGCAAAGAGGUUCGCGGUCAGAAGCAAGAAAAGAGGAAGCGCGAAAGCAAGAAUUAGAGGAGUUGAGAAUAAAAGAUGAAGAACUGGAAAAGGAAAUGGCUGAUCUCAAGAGCAAACUAGAGGAGCUUGAACAACUUGCUAAGGCUCGCGGCCUAACCGGUCUUUUCCAGUUAAAACAGCAGCCUGGUUCUAAGGCUAAACCAGCUGAAAAAAGUCCAGUUGAAUCAUCAUCAUCAUCAUCAUCAUCAUCAUCUUAA